AAGACUCCAGUUCCCAUGAUACACCUAGAGGCGAAGUGUAACGAAGCAUGUCCCAAUCCAAAGUGAAGUACUGCUCUUCUAAAAACAUUUCAUAUUGCUGUCGUGUUCGUCAUGUCAUUCAACGAAGAUUCGUCGCUACUUUUCCUUAUUUCCCAACAUUUAAAGAUGAAAGGCUUGCGGGCAGCCGCUGACGUUCUGGAGGAGCACGUUAACAAGAACUUGUGCAACACAACACGCCUACUGUCUGCCGCAGCUGAACAUGAAAAGUGAAAGUAAAAAUAUCCUCUCUCACUCUGACACGUCAGCCACGUGGUGCGUUCAGGUGGAGCUGCCAGACACGAGCUUGAACCUACAAGACAUCUACAAAGCAUGGUUGAAAUUGCACUCCCUUGGCCAGCCUGACGCGCAGUCGUCCAAAGGUUUCGAUGGAGUUGAACCUGAUGAAUGCGCUGACCAAAGCCCCCGAGGAAACAACAAAGUGGAUGACCAAGCUACAUUCGCUUUGAAACCAGAAUGCACCGACGCCCAACACACCCAAAAUGGCCGCCACUCAACUCAACCUGAAGAGCAAGAGCCUAAAGUGGUCAUGGACAGCGCAGACGUCAAAGGUGAAGCGUCGGAGAAGGUAAACGUCAAUCAAACAGAGGCCGCGCCCAAAGCAAAGGAGCCAGCCAAUGAUUGUUUGGACGAAGAGGCGCGAUCUAGCAGAAUUUGCUUGAAAGAUCGAGAGAGGUUUAAUGCCAUCAAGAAAGUGACAGAAGCUGAGGCCCCGCCUCUUGCAGAUGCUGACGUCUCGUCCGAGCCAGUCAAAGAGGAGACCUUAAAGAUGGACACCAGUGACAUCGAAGCACAGUUGGAACAGCAGGAUUACCAGAAGGGGGCGCCAGAGGUGCCCGCUGACGACAAGAUGGCAGCAGAAGAGCGAGACCACCUAAACGUCGACAUCACCCUCAACAUCGAUGUCUGCAAAAAUAACGAAAAAGACAUGACUCCGAAGAAAAAGAAAAAGGAGAAAACGAAGACGGACCCUGAGGAGGCUCAGAAGGCAGAGCUGGACCGUCCUCCAGAAAACAAGAAGAAAGCCAAGAAGAGAAAAGAGGAAGAAGAUUGGCAACAAGUGGAGGAGAGUGUCAAUGAGAAGAAAAAGACAAAGAGGAGAAAGAAGGAUGAAGAAGGUCUGAAGAAAGACCAAGAGCUCCAGUUCGAGGAAGGCGCAACACAAGUACAAAAGAAGACUGAGCCACAAGGUGACCCCAACCCUCAGCUCUCCUCCAGGAAGUAUCGUAAAAAUGUAAAACGUCGUCAAAGGAAGAAGCGAGCCGAAAGAUUGAAGCAGCAGCAGCUCGCCACCAUGGAAGAGCAAACUCUUCCACCUCAGCCCUUCCAGCGAGAUAGAGAUGAUGCCAUCUUGGAGGAAGACGCACCAAAGAUGAUGAUGAAUACGAAGGAAGAAACACCCUCUGAAGAAAACCUGCCUCCCAUCAACACCACCAGGAAGAAAGACAAGAAGAAAAAGAAGACAGCUGCCAAUGUGGAGGCAGUUGAAAACGACAUUAACCCCCUCGAGGACGUGAAGAAAAAGAAGAGGAAGGGAUUCGCUGAUGGAGAGCAAGUUGAAGAGGUGGCGGCAAACGGCGGGAAUGCUAACCAGUCUUUGGAGGAGGUGGACAAAAAGAUGGAAUCUGGGCAUGGUGAUGAGACCCCUGUGACCAGCGAUUCCUCCGCCAAGAAAAAGAAGAAGAAGAAGGUGAAGAACAAAAUGGGGGAAGAUGGAGAUGCUUAACUCACGUGCGUGUGAAGACCAACCGCCAAGUUGGAUCUGCAAAACAACCAAACUGCAUUGUAAGCACCUCUUCAAAUUGUGAUUUAUUCUUAGUUAGACUUAAUGUGUCAGCUUGGCAUGUCUUCUAUUUUGUUGCAAUAAAGAAAUGAGUAGUGUUAGCUGCCAUCUUUCUUCUACAGCUUGUCAUCUUGUCAGUUCAUUGGCGUAAAUCCCGUACUCUGUACAAUCACAAUGAAAGUGUUCUUUUAUUAAACAAUUUACAUUUUGAAAAAUUGCUAACUUUUCAAUGGAAUCAAUGUUUUUUAACAGAAAUAUUUGUGUGUCAAGUGAGAAUUUAACACAUGGGCUUCCUAAAGCGAUUAUUUGCAAAGUUCAAAUAGAUUGGACAUCUGCCAUCAUUAAUGGCAGCAAAUGACUUAAACAAUCAAAUACAAGUUUCAAUCAAGUUUUUUGAAGAAACAUCUGUUUUAGGGCUGUC